AAACAAGUAGUAAUGCAACUAGCACACUGUACCGCCAUCUGGCGGCUGUGGAAAUCUUUGCUUCCGGAAAAUUCAACUAUCAGUGACAACAACAACCAUGGCCGCUGCCGUCGUUGACGGUGGCAUGAAGCCACUUCAAAAUGCAAUGAGAAUGGCUAAAGUGGCUAUACAAUUGGACGCAGGGAACCGACAUAAGGAAGCAUACUGUGAAUACUUGAGAAGUAUUAACUUCAUUUCCCACGCGCUGUUGGAAGAUGCUGCGUCAAUAGAGGAGGGAGAAAUGGUAGCAGUGGAGGUGGAAAAGAUGUUAAAGUUGGCGGAGCAGUGUUUGGAGAGAGCCAAGUCAUUCAUAGGAAGGGAAGAUGAAUCCCAUCCUUCUCCCUCCUCCAUCAUCACAACUACCAACCUGGCAGAACCCAGCCUUGUCUCGGGCACAGCCCCAUCUGUUGCAGUAAGCCCUGGAAAGAUUGUUUCACCCCAAGAGCCAGGUAUGGAUUCUAAACUCAACUCUAGGCGUGGACACUGCAGAGUUCUCUCUGAGGGGGGAGGAGAGGUCUCCCCGUUCCUGCCCCCAGAAGUCUUCCAAAGGUUUCAGGCAAUGGAGUCACUGGACACAAGGAAGGAGCUCACACCCAUAGAAGAGGCCUCACGGUUGAACCAGAAACUGAAAGCAAAUUAUGAAGCUCGUCUGGCCCGACUCCCCCCUGCUCAGGCUCGUAUACAGAAGACGUCUCUGACGCUCUCUUUUCAGAGGCAGAUGAUGGAAAACCUGAUAAUUGCCAAAGCCAGGCAAGAUGCUCUCCAAAGGAAGAUGGAGGAGAGGAGACUGAGGUUGCAGGAGGAGGCCAACAGGAGGUUUGCCGCCUCUGGGUGCAUUUCUGAGGAGGAACAGGAGCAGCGUGUCCUGUACACAAAUGUUCUGGAAUAUGAGCAAGAUCACGACUGGCCCAAGCUUUGGAAAGCCAGACUUAAGAAAUAUCCUGAUGAUGUCACCUUGGUUUCCGGCCUUGUUUCCUGUCUCCUCAGCUGUCCGGACCAUCCUGUGAUGAAACUACUGAAAAGGCACCAGUACAAAGUCUACAACCGACUCUACCCAAUAGUGAGCAAGAGUCUACCUGCAAGUCCCGCCCAGCUAAUAAAACCCUCCCACAGCACUCAAAGCCUGUCCAUCCCUGACUCCCGUCGGAGCGCGUCAGAAUCUAGCGUGGGUCACAGUCUGUCUUCGAACGCCUCUUUAAAUAUCACCACCUCCAAUGAGCAUCGUGCCAAGGAGGCGGAGCUGGAUGUUGACGGCCACCAUACUCCUAACAGGGAGAACUCCUUUGAGGAUCUGGAGCAGUUCCUGUCCCAGCUGGACUGGAAACCCUCUCAUGGGGACCACGACAUGGCCUUUGAACCAUCACAGCUGGUGGAUCAGGAGUCCCUUGUUCAGGACUUGGAGAUGCGUGCUCUCAAAGAUCACUUGAAGGGCAUAGUGAAGGACAUCCAUAUUGCUAUUGAUCAGCUACUGUCCCUGUGUCUGCUGUCAUUUGAGUGUCUGAACACGGCUAGUUCUAAGGACCUGUGUUUGGCUAGCUUAGAGGAAGCCUUUUUUACGCCUGUCUGGAGCCCUCUACUGGCCCUCUUCAGGAAGGUCCACCGACAAAGGGAGCUGUCUUUCGAGUCCAGUAUGAGGCUAUAUCAGGAAGCCUCCCCUGGUGAUGUUGGUGUUGCUCCAGGCCUGUACCCCCAGGACCCUGCAGUGCUGCACGGUUCUUAUCCAUAUGAAUCAGCCGUGCAGGAGCUUCGCUUGCUGUGCGGAGAUUGCUGCCCCCAGAAAAAGCUGGACUGCAUUGUUCGGACGCUGCGCGUGAUUUGCGCUUGUGCCGAAGACUACGGCUGCCUUCACGAGGCAGGUUCCAAAACGGCAGCCAUCGGGGCGGACGACUUGUUGCCUAUCCUCUCCUAUGUGGCCCUGCGCUGUGAGCUGCCUCAGCUAGUGUCUGAAUGUGCUGCCCUGGAGGAGUUUAUUCAUGAAGGAUAUCUGAUUGGAGAGGAGGGCUACUGCUUGACCUCCAUGCAAAGUGCCCUGCAAUAUGUGGAGUCACUACACACUGGAGGCUUUCUGCAGCACAACAGUAAAUUCACCUGAAACAGGCUGCUGCUUUAAAUGGGAAACCCGUAUAUUACCUGUGUCGCAGCGCUCUGGACUGAAGGUCCCAGGAAACUGCAGCCCGCCUCGCACAAUCAUUCACAUGUUCUGCUCAAGGAAGGGCCUCAUUCUUUGCUGUCAAGUAAAUAUUCUGAUUUGAAAGACCUCCCUGAUGAACUGUAGUUUUUCUAUGCAGCAAUGAUUCUGAUUGCCUGUUUGUCAGCCCUGUGAGUUGACGCGGUCCAAGUAACUGCCAGGCUUAUGUGGAGUGCCCUGUAUGGACUAGAGUGUCUUUGACUCCAGGGUCAUUUUAGUGUUUUUAAUAAUACGUUAACCUAAAGGCUGCAAUGUACUUACUUUCUCUAUCGUCCAAUAUUGCAGGGUUUUUAUUGCUUUCAGUAGUUUUAUAAAGGUCUGAAAUGGCACCCUUCACUCCAAAGGAUCAUGUGUAUCUGUUGAAACUCUUAAAGGCAUGGUUUGAAAAAUGUGACGAUUCUUACAAUAUAUUGAUGAAUUAUGUUGGGGGACGUUUGGAUGUAUUAAUGAAGACCAGAUGCCUUCCAGUGUUUUCAGAUUCCAUUUUAUUCAGGAUAAAGAACACUAAGUUGUGUAAAUGAUAGGAAGAUUGCAAUCGAUUGUGCUGCUACAGAUUAUGUGUGCAUGCAAGAAUGUUUUUGGACAAUGCCUCUGUGAAAAAGUACAUGGGGAAUUGAGAUAUGGCCACGGUAUGUUUUUCAAUUUGCAUACUUGGAUGGAGUUCUAGAGGGGAUUUCCAAGGUGUUAGGGGGAAUUACUUUUUAGGAGCUGUUUGGUGUACAGGCCACAGGAAUACAAAUUGGAAAUACAUUUUAACAGAAUAACUUUUGCACUUUAGGUUUGUUCCACUUUGGAAAGCUUUUAAGAUUGUGUGCGCCUGAAUCCAUCAGCGUGCACUUACAGCUAACCAUGUCCAAGCUCCUGGGACUGCUGAGAAAUGAAGCUUUUUUUUUUGCCCUCAUUGUUUACCAUCACAAUGUUUUGUACUUUAACAUUCAUUUGCCAUCACUGGUUGUCAGUGAUGUAUUAGUUAGAGUUGUUAUUUAAGGGAGAGUUCUCCAGUGCCUACAGGACAUGUGCUGAGAGGCGACUCGUUUUGUUUCCACCAAGUUUUAACAGUCAGUUACACCUCUGGAGAUACAGCUCUGGUUAUGUACUCGGCCGACUACAUUGCAGGGACGUGCCAGGUGGGGCAGCAGACAACCUAGUGGAGAGUGCAAUGGGACAGUAACCAAAAGUUCGCUGGUCCAAAUCCCAGAGCCAACAUGGUGACAAAUGUAACUGUGACCUUGAGAAAGGCACUUUAAUCCGAUUUGGUUUUGUAUGGUACUCUGGGUUCUGAAUUAGAACGUAGUCGAAAAAAAUCAUAUGAUCUCCGAACUGCUGGGUACUUGUUUAACGUAUCCAUAAACCACGUCAUAUGAUAUUGCAGUCCGCUGAUGGUGAAGCACGCUGCCACUGGAUGAUGCAAUACAAUGUCUGCAAUGUAGUCGGCCUAGAAUGCCACCAGUUCAUCUUUGUCUGCACAACUACUGUUUAAGGUCUUCAGUUUUUAUUGCUACAUUUUUGUUUAGUACUUUAUUUUGGUCUGUUAAAGUAAUGAAUGGGUCCAAAAUAUGUUUAAAAGAAGUUUCAAAUGUGUUUUGAUGUUAACCUGCCGUUAGAUGUUUUUUUUGGGGGCGUCAUUUAAAAUUGUAACCCAAAUGUGCUUAUGUGUGUAUUUGUGAGAGGGAAGUACGGAUGUAAUGUCUUCUGUUGUAUUUCAUCCCCUAUGUGCAUUACUACAUUGACAUAACAAAUGAUAACAUGUAUUUGUUCUGUUUCUUGGACUCUUGUGACAAGGGUUCAGUGUUACAUUUAGACCUCCUGUUAAUUGUCAGAAAUAUUUUCUAUUUCGCAAUAGAAAGUAUCAGCGUGUAAUGGCUGGUAGAGUUGAAGACUUUUUAAUAAUAAUUUAUUUUUACAAACCUAAUUUCUCCCCUCCCAGUUUUGUCUCCACAUUAUUUUUAAUAACUCCAUUAUUGCCCAACACCUUCCAGCAGGAAAGCGUUUUUCAGUGCAUGCCUUUCAAAUCAUGUCUUGGUCUAUUAUAGAUUGGAACUAAAGUUUGUCUUCCACAGUGGUCUGCAGGUCUGGCUCCAUCCAUGUGGGUUAUAAACAGGACGUCACAUACGAAUGCUCAGACGCCAAAUACGACCAAAAGUGGGAGUGUGAUUCUGCAUUUAUAAAAUUGGAUUUGCCAGAUGGUGGCACUAUAACAAGUGAUUAAAUAUGCAAAUUAUUGGUCUGA